ACUCGAUCUGUCCCUUCAGUCCGCACUCGCUUGGUCUACUUUUCUAUCACGCCUUGCUCACCUCAAUCUUCUGCAACACCAUGUCACAAACUCAGAAAGCAAUGGCUCAGCUGAUUGCAGUCUUUCAUAAACACUCAGGAAAAGAGGGAGACAAGUUGACCCUGAGCAAAAGCGAGCUGAAGGACCUCCUCACCGCAGAGCUAGGAGACAUAUUUGGAAAAACCCAAGACAAGGCAGCUCUGGACAAAAUAUUUAAGGAUCUGGAUGCAAAUGCUGAUGGUGUUGUGGACUUCCAGGAGUACGUCACCCUGAUCUCCAGCAUCACUAUGCUUUGCAAUGAAAACUUUAAAAAGGGUAAAUAACUUAGUCCGGUUGCACUUGUACAUUUACAGUACGUGCACUUACCCAAGAAAGCACUGGGUAAGAUACGGUUAAUAUAACAUGGGUUAAGGUUAGUUUCUAGGGGUAUAUUCAUGGUUAGUUAUUUUGCCAUUUCUAUAAUGAGUAUGCACAUGGGGAACAGGACUGUAAAAUAAAGUCCUACACUUUGUCCAAACAGAAAUUGUUUGCCUGUAAAGUUAUGGUACAUCUGAAAAAAUAAAUAAAUAAUAAAAUAAACUUUUUAAAGAUUUGAAUUAA